GUUUUUGGCAAUUUGACUCCUCCCAUCGCCAACUUCUUGCAGAUAUUUGAACAGCCAGAUAUAUACCAUCAUGUCUUCAGUCAAAGCCAUCAUCUUCGGCGCAACAGGCGCAGUCGGUCGCGCAGCAGCCCUAGAAGCCCAUUCCCGCGGUGUGCAAGUCACACUCGCCAUGCGCAACACCAAAAAGCCCAUCCCAGGCUUCACACUAGACCUUGAGAAGAAACUAGGCUUCACCCGCGUCCAAGCCGAUCUCUCAGAUCCCAAGUCAAUCGAGCGCGCUGUCUCUGAAUCAGGAGCAACAGUAGCAUUUUCAUACAUACUCUUUCAAGCAGAAGAUGGUCUUUUAGAAACGUACAAAGCUAUGAAGAGGGCUGGUAUCACGCAUGUUGUGCUGCUUUCUUCGUUUUGUGUUACGGAGAAUGGAGGUGCUAAAGCAUCUUCUGAAGCGGAAGAGAUACUAGCUGUUGUUCAUGGCAAGGCUGAACUUGCGCUGGCGGAAAUUGGUAUUGCUUAUACUGUUAUACGUCCUGCGUAUUUCGCGAGUAAUAUUCAGAUGCUGGAGGAUUGGCAAGAGGUCAAGUCGGGACAACUUGAGUUGGCUCAUCCCGACGCGCCGUUCGAUUAUCUCGCCCCCGAAGACGUCGGCGCUCUCGCAGGUGCAAGAGUCGCUGCAACACCACCUGCAAAUGAGUUGGUCAUAUCGCAAUGCGGACCAGAGUUGCUCUCCCAGCGCACCGCAUGGAAGGUUGUCAGUGAAGGUUUAGAGAUGAAUAUCAGCAUCAAGGAGAUCAACAGUGAUGAGCAUAGAGCCAAACUCAGGUCGAGAGGUUUUCCCGAGCCUAUGGUCAAAUCUGCUGUUGAGAGAUUAUCAGAUCUCGCGCGUGAUCCAGCGAGUUUGUAUGAGCCGGAGACAUAUAAAGAAGCAUCGUUGAAUUUUAGGAAGUAUACUGGUAGACAGCCUACUACGUUCAAGGCAUGGAUCGAUAAACAUAGAGAGGAACUUUUAGCGAACUAGAUUCAGAUACAAUAGUUACUCUAAAUACAUUCCAAACCUUAGACAUUGAG